GUUGCUCAACUUCCAUAUUUGUGUAACCCCACAUUUGAAUGACACUCGAGCUUUAACUCGUUUGACAGAGGUUCUUUUUGCAAAGCAAGCAGUUACACUGCAGUGCUAACGCCUCGGAGUUCUCUACCAGCAGGUGAGCAGCAGUUCAGCGGUGGGAGCUUCUCAUACUGUUCAUUAGUGUUUGGAGAGAAUGGGAAGUGGUCCUUCCAAAGCAAAAGCAGUUACACCUGAACCCAUUUCCACUACUGUCACUGUACAUACCACUGUAUAUACCUCUGCAGCUGUCUUAAAAGAGCCAGAAGUCAAAUGCUGGAUUGACAACCAUGAAAUACUCUACAUAUCGUUAGCCUUUAUCUCUGGCAUCAUGUUAACUGUUCUGAUUUUUGCAGUCUUCUACCUCUUCAGAAAAAAGUGUAAGAGAUCCCACCAAAAUGUACAAGAGCAAGUCCACUUCCAGUCAGUGACUGAGGAAUCUGCUAAGAACACCCAGAAUGAGGUUGCCUACACCACUCUGGUCUUCCAGCAGAGCCGGACGCCAAGGGCUGUGUGAUGAUGAAGUUUCUACUGAAAUGAAGGCGCUUUCACUUUCUGAACAUCAAACGCUACCAGAACAUUACAUCGAGGCCUGUAAUGCUCUGAGAAAUGCCAGCACUGCCGUAUGUAACAACAGCUUGUUUUAUGGUUAUAAGGGGAAACUAACGUCUCCUAUUCCAAACUGCUUGUGAACAGUUGUGGACAAAUUACUUUUUAUACUGUAUUUCCUCAUCUGUAGAAAUCUCACUGUACUUGUAAAGUUUCCAUGUGUGUCUCCGCUAUUGCUUUGAACUACCAAAAAGAAUUGAGAAAUGAAAAUGUUACUCUAUGUCUAUUCAUGUCUGUGUCUUUGUUUCCCUUUUCUGUCACUACAGUAUUUUUCAUGGUUUUUGUUUGUCAAGUGCUCUGAUUGGUUAUUUUCUGCUUAUUGAAGUUAUGAUAAUGAAAUAUUUUUCUGCAGAUGUCUGCUUCCUGAUUGGGUCACACAAAAGAAAUGCACAAUAACAGUGUGACAGUCAGAAUUUCUGGAAAUGUUAAUUCACGUAUUGUUACCCAUAGUGUUCUAAAUACAUUGUAAAAAAUUAAAAAUCA